AUGUGCACGUACUAUUACCUCCACUACCACCACAUGGCGCCGUGCACACGGGAGGUCGAAUACGCCUUGCAUUACUACUUCUGUCCGAACUCGACGACGGAGGCCCCAGGCUCGAGCCCCUUGGGCCCGGUGGACGGCAGCAAUAUGGAGGGCACCGACCAGCUCGUCCAGCUGCCCUGUGAUGAUCUCACUUACGCCCCCGAGUACAACCCAAUCGAGGGCAUUGACUACAACAACCCCUGCGCUACGGGCGGAUGCCUCCUCUCCCAGCAGUGCAGCUCGGGGGGCUGCAGACUGGAGGACCUGGGCGGGAGAUGGGUCUGCUGCAAGUGUGAGCGAGGCGGCAAUUCGUUUCGGUGGUGUGUUCACCCGAUGAAGCGCAUUCCGGACACCCUAUGCUACCACGUGGUUUGUCAUAACUGCCGAGCCGACAUGUAG